CUCGAAGACUGAGACGACAAGGGCUGCAUCCCGAGAACAUGUCGGACGAAUCGACGGAGCAGCACUGGGCCCACCUCUGGAGUACGGGCGAUACCAACUGGCAUAACCCAGACGGAGACCCAUUCUUAAAGAAACAUCAAGACGUCAUCUUGGCUGGGAAAGAAGAUGCCCAAGUCUUUGUGCCACUGUGCGGGAAAGCUGUAGAAUUGAAAUGGUUCUACGACAAAGGUCACCGUGUCGUUGGCGUCGAAGUGGUGGAAGCUCCAGUUCGAGAAUUUUUCGACGAGAACGCACUGCCCUGUGAAGAAAGCUUCUGUCCCGUGCUGAAUCGCAAGAUAUUGCAGACACCAGACAAAAGGCUGCGAAUAUUCAUCUGCAACAUAUUUGAUUUUAACACGUCUUGCGCAGGUCCGAUGGACAUCGUCUGGGACAAAGGAGGCCUGAUCGCAGUCGGCGACGCAGACGCCCCUAGGUACGUGUCCAUUCUGAAGUCAUUGCUGGCCCCCGAUUUUUCCUACGGCCUGUGGGUGAUCGAUUACGAGGCUGAAGGAUACGCAGGCACUCCCAGACCUAUGCCGGAGGGACGGAUUCGGAACCUGUUUGGAGACGGCAUGAAGCUCACGUUGGUCGACAAGAGCGAGCCGAAAGUGGGCCGCUUCCUUCCGAGACUGUCGACGCGGUGCCUGUGGCACCUAACGGGUCGACCUUGAGCUCGACAUCAGGGGCCAGUG